UACACCUUUCAAGAGUGGUAUGCGACCCCCUCCUCCUGCUGUGUCAACAAUUUGCUCUGAAAAAUUGUCUGACAGGUGAAUGCACUGUUUGACUAGUGAGUCUAGAACACUGCGCAUCUGAGUUUUCGCUCGUGCAUGAUUGCGCGUCCAUGUUUUUCGAAUGGGUGGAGUCAGGGCCAGCGUUGGAGGAGAGAAGAAAGGGAAAGAACUUUACAAAUGAAACUUAAGGAAACUGAAGAACAGCUACCCAAUUCAGACACUGAAGAGAAAGAAUAAACAUUCAAUGAAUCUCCUAGAGGCCGAAGAGAUGAGAGAGGAACCAGCAGCUAAGAAAAAGAUGUCAAAGAUUCCAUCUCAUGUUCCCAUCUCACAUGCUCCUAAACCUUUGGAAUCAAAUGCAGAUUUCCUUGAUGUGCCAAAGGCUCCAUCCAAGGCUUCUCUGUCUGGUUCUGCCAAAAUAAGUAUUUUGUUUUAACCUUGCAAAAAUACAUGGUGCAGUUACAUUAGUGUCAUUGCUUUGUUAAUUCUUAAUAAAGUGUGUAAAUGUUUGUAGGUAAGCUCUUCCUUUCCAUUAUAAUUUACCAGCAACAGUCUGUCUGUAAAAACAUUUUAUUUAAUUUUUUUGUAAUUUUUACUUUUAUUAGUGUUGCAGUGAUGCUAAUUAUGUAAGUACUUUUUGCUGAGGAUUUAGGUCUGUACAUACAGAUUUUUUAUGCAUUUCUGUGAUGGGUGAAAUGAGUUAAAUGAGUUUUAAAUAAUUUAUUAUUUGAAAGGUAAACAGUUUCGAAGGCCAGGUCAUAUUCUUAGAUAUAAAAAAAGGCUAAUUCUACCUCUCCUUCAUUAUUUUCUUUACUGUCCAAAACAUACCCAUAAAAAUAUCUUUCAAAUCCAGCAUACUUAUAGUUAUUUUUCUUCAGUUCCACUGUUAAGGUGAACAAAAAUAUUUGGAAAUGUAAAACUAGUUUGAAGACAAUGGUGCAUGCCCUCUCUACCCUAUUCAAAUGUUCAUGUGUCGUCUUUUGUAGGAGGAAUGAGUAAAACUGACUGUGGUUCAGAGAGAAGAAAUGCCCUUGACAAGGACACCAUGGCAGCAAUAUAUGUUAAGUCAAGAGUUGCUGUGUGUCCGAAAUCGCAUAUUAUUUGGAUAUUCACGUGACCUAGAGAGCGACAUGUAAGAGGAAGAAAAAGUUGUUUGCCUCGCGGUACUCGUGUGAGCACGAGACAUUGAAACGAGGAGGAGAAGAAGAAAGAUAAGAGGCUAGAAAGUGCUGUUAACGUCGAUGAAACUGAGCGCGAGGUUUCAGAGUAGAUGACCGCGGACUCGUGAUGUUUGUGAAUCCGUCUGACGGAGCGUGUUCGGAGGGAGCCGAGUAUAGCUAGCCAUGGUGGGUAAUGCUGGGCGGAGCUGUCGGUUAAUCGCACCGCACAUGAUCAGCCGGACUGAGGUAUUUCCACGCACUCAAUGUUUUACAAGUGUCCGUUCAGCGCACUCAAUGUUUCGCUAGACCAAAACAGGCCUGCAACAUAUUUUUCUUCUUUGUUCAAAACGUUACAGUGAGUAAACUGGACCGCGUGUGAGUGUGUGUGUGUGAGUGGGCCCAUCACUGCAUUUGCUAAGACUGGUUUCAGGACACUUGAUGUUGUUUUUCUUGUUGUAAAGUUCUCUGUGUAUUCUCUAUUGUGAGGAAAGAGAUAAAGGAGGGGAACGUUUAGACCACUUAUAUUGGUGUAACAAGUGUGAUUGAAACUAUUGGUGCUUCUAUUUAAAUUUAAAGGGACUAUUAUUUAAGUGUUUGAGGAAUCUUUUGGUUAUUUAUUUUUGUAUAUUCGUUAAUAUUGAGUUUUGGGGAAAAGCUUUUAUAUUUUAUUUGCCAAGUUUUGUUAUCCAAUUAAACAAGGGUGUUACCCUAUUUUUUCUCUAAAAUAACAACUAUCUCUGGGUCUCAUUAUUUUUAAAUAUUUUAUUGUUAGAAGUGUUACAACUCAUUAUACACUUAUUAGGUGCACCUUCGUGGUAUCCACCUGAACUACAUCGAACCCAAGCACCCUCCAUUCUCACGUAAGUAAUUCACAGAGUGGUGUACGGGUGCUACAUAAAUAAAAUGGAGGCACCGCUGGGAUGUUUUUAGUCCCUAAUUAGUUUUAAAUUAGUAAUUUAAUUUUAGUUUGACCCAGAGAUUCAAAUAGUUUGUUUAAAAAGUAGCUUAGAACCAAAAACUGGCUAGCUAUUAACCUACAUGUAAAACCAUAUUAAAGAUUACCUAUUGUGAAACUUUAAAAUUGCAGAAGUAGAGUUUUACUAAGCAUCCAAAGUCGAGAAAACGCAAAUGAAGUUUUAUCUGUGUUAAACUACAACUAUAACCUACCAAAUUCAGUUCUGACAAGUGAUCACUGUAAGCGCACAACCCGUGGGGAUGGCUCAGUUGAAGAACUGGUGUGUUGGAGAAGGCAUAGACCCGGUGAAAGCCUUGCUGGUUAAAGAUGUACCUCCGGACACUGAAGUUGGGUUCAUUGAAGAAACGCUGCAGACUGUCAAAGCCCUCGGCAGAGUCAGGGUGAGAGGAAGAAUGUAUGACCCACAGUCUCAAAGUUUAACCGUGCUAUGUGAGUGCAGGGAGAAUGUGAAUACAGACGCCAUUCCUCUUGAUGUUGUUCCUGAGGGGUCUGCUAAGACCUGGAGAGUCUUUGGACUUUCUGAGCAGGAGGAAGAACCCCAAGCUCAGGCAGCCGGUGAUGGUCAAAAUGUGCCGCUGCCAGAUUCCAGUUUUUCUUCCCCACUGCAAGCGUCCACUCCUGAAUCUAUCAUUCGAGCAGUGGGUGAUGUCCUGCAAAUGACAAACAAGCCCACACACGGUGACAACAAUCUUUACAGGUGACUGCGUACUUUCUCAGGGGUCAUGCCCACACCCCUGGGAGAAGAACAGUUGGAAAACUGGGUUGAACAAGCCAGACUUAUGAUUGAAGAAUAUGAUCGCCCAGAAAGAGAAAAGAAAAUGAGAAUAAUGGAAAGUGUAAAGGGUCCUGCACUCGAAAUCCUCCAAGCUGUUCGUUUCAACAACCCAGCUGCAACCUCUAUGGACUACAUUGAUAUUCUCGAGACCACAUUUGGCAACCCCGAGAGCGGUGAAGAACUUUACUUUGCCUUCAGAAUGUUGUGUGAACACCCCAACGAGAAACUCUGAGUUCCUGAGACGCCUUGAGAGAGUCCUAAAUAAAGUUGUCCAAAAGGGUGGACUCCAGUCAUCGGCGGCCGACAAAGCACGUCUUGACCAACUCAUUAAAGGGGCCAUCAGGUCUGACAUUAUGAUAUUAAAUCUCGGAUUGAGAGACUGCAGAGACAGUCCUCCCACUUUCCUCGGGCUGCUGAAUGGGAUACGUCUAGAGGAGGAGCAUGAAGCUUCACGUCGCAGACUCCAUCCACCCAAAGCCGUCUACGCCAAAAGUGCUACUGUGACCUCUGACACAGAGUUAAAAGAAUUGAAAACCGAAAUACACCAACUCAGAGCACAAGUAAGUGAACUCUCAACCCCAGCCGCCAUGUCAAGUCACUUUUCGACGAGCACACUGCUUCCAGUCACUCCGGCAGCAGAGAAGUCAGAAGAUAAGAACGUUCAAGCUUUAAAGAAAGAAGUUGUCAAGCUCCGAAAGCAAGUCUCUGUCAUGUCAGUUAAGCCCAAGUACAGUCCUGCUACUGAGGCCUGCCCACAAGAGACCCAGUCAAUACCUUGGCAGUCAAGACCUUCUACAGCCAGAGACUUAAGUGAUUUUUUUUCUGCUAUCGCUGCGGUGAAGACGGGCAUUUUGCCAACAAGUGCGCCUCUCUCGAGAACUAUCCCAAAGUUAUUCAGAAACUGUUGCAAGCUCAAAGAAUGUCCAAGCAGAACCGCAAAUCUGAUAACGAAACAAGAACCAAGACCACAAAUGCAAGUGUGAAGAGAAGCUCGGUAAAUGUACAGACCAACAGUUUGCCCGAGGGACUCGUGGGACCGCCCUCCACUGCUCAGGUCAGGAUCAAUGGAAACCCCUGCACUGCGCUGAUGGACAGUGGAUCUCAAGUUACCAUCAUCUUUGACAGCUGGUAUGCCAAACACCUGUCACACAUCCAGCUAAACUCUGUGACCGGUCUAGCAAUAUGGGGCCUAAGUGAGUCAGAUAGCAGUUACCCGUACAAAGGCUACAUUCAGGUAGAGUUGGAGCUGCCACAAAAAUCUAAGUCCAACAAAAUCAAGUCUGUUCCUGUCCUGGCCUUGGUGUGCCCUGAUCCACGUUGUUCUGAGACUAUACCUGUCCUGAUCGGCACAAACGUCAAGGGGGUUCAGCCCUUCAAGUCCAGAACAAAGAAAGAAGAGUUAGAGAACGUUAACUCAGUAACAAUCCAAGUUCAAGAGAAAAAACACUUACCCGUUCCUGCCGGGAUGACCAUAAAAGGCCAUAAAGACUUGCCUGUGGCUGAAGUUAAGUGGUCUGGGCUUGGUCCUCUCAGUAUCCCUCCUGGCACUGAAUACGUUGCUAGCUGCAAAGUGAAAGAAAAACAAGACAUUGGAGGCAGCAUACUCAUCACUGAAAGAGCCCACUCACCUACUCUUCCUCCCAGUGUACUUGUCCAGCCAACUGUGUUGUUCUCAAAGAUGCUAGAUCCAAACAACUUCCCGGUGCUCCUGCGUAAUGAGUCUCUAAAGCAAACUGCCAUUCCAAUGGGCACCGUGAUCGCUCACCUUCACGUCGCUGACAUGGUGACAGAUGCACCAAGCCCUAAAGUCGAAUCUGUUCCAGCUAUGGAUCCUUCUUUGUUUGACUUCAGUGAGUCACCCAUUAGCAAAGAGUGGAAAGAGAGGCUGAGUCAAAAGCUUGCCAAACACCCCCAUGUGUUCUCUAUUGAAGAGUGGGAUGUCGGUUUGGCCAAAGGGGUAGAACAUCACAUCCGUCUGAACGAUAACACUCCUUUCCGAGAGAGAUCUCGACGUGUUGCCCCUGCUGAUUUGGAUGAUCUUCGGCGUCACCUGCAAGGUUUGUUGGCGGCUGGGAUCAUAAAAGAAUCAAGAAGUCCAUAUGCUUCACCGAUUGUUCUUGCUCGCAAAAAGAAUGGUCAACUUCGUAUGUGCAUCGACUACCGCACCCUGAACCGGAGAACUAUCCCAGAUCAGUACACUGUACCACGGAUCGACGACGCUCUCGAUUGUUUGUCCGGCAGUAAGUGGUUUUCAGUGUUGGAUCUGCGCAGUGGUUAUUAUCAAAUCCCAAUGGCUGAGGAGGACAAGGAGAAAACCGCUUUUAUCUGUCCUCUGGGAUUCUUCCAAUUUGAGCGGAUGCCGCAGGGGAUUACAGGGGCCCCUGUGACAUUUCAACGACUUAUGGAAAAGGCAGUCGGUGACAUGCAUAUGCUGGAAGUCAUCGUCUAUCUUGACGACCUCAUUGUUUUUGGCAAGACUCUGGGGGAGCAUGAGCAAAGACUCCUCAAAGUCAUCGCUCGUCUUGAAGAAGCCGGACUCAAGUUGUCCCUCGACAAGUGCCAGUUCUGUCGCUCACAAGUCACCUAUGUCGGGCACAUUGUUUCUGAGCAAGGUAUCGCCACAGACCCGGACAAAGUAGAAGCAGUGACGCGGUGGAAGAAGCCAAUCGACCUUCCUUCUCUGCAGUCAUUCCUGGGGUUCUGCGGCUACUACCGCAGGUUUAUAAAAAACUACUCCAUCAUUGUCCGACCACUUACAAAGCUGUGCGAAGGGUAUCCUCCCACCCAAAAGAAGCAAAAGUCUACAUUUUCAUCAGACAAGACCUAUUACAAAGUCAAAGAGCCUUUUGGUGAACGGUGGGACCAGUCGUGUUCAGAGGCAUUCCAAAAGAUCAUCCACUGCCUCACAAAAAAACCUGUGCUGGCAUUCUCCGACCCCACCAAGCCUUACAUACUUCACAUCGAUGCCAGUUUUCAUGGGCUCGGUGCUGUCCUCAACCAAGAGUACCCCGAGGGUUUGAGACCUGUUGCUUUCGCAAGCCGCAAGCUGAGUGCCUCUGAAAAGAACUAUCCAGUGCACCAGCUCGAGUUUUUGGCACUCAAGUGGGCAGUGGUAGACAAAUUCCACGACUACUUGGACAAGUUGCUAACAUGUCCAGAACUGUCCACAAAGCAGUCCAAGCCAAUUGUUACCGAACCUGAAAGACAAGCUCAAGACCCAACUGAGAUAGAGCCGGUGGUCAAUGAUUUUCCAAACCUGCCUCCCAACGCUGAUCCAGAAGUCAACGUUCUAGAAGAGGGAGCAGACGUCAACCCCUAUCCGGACACUCAAGCUGAGAUUGAACAAGUUGAACGUUCAAAAAGAGUCAUUCGUCCAGUGGUUAAGCUGAGCUACGAUGAACUUGGCAAACCCUGUGAAUACCCUGUGACAGUCCUAAGCCACGGAGUGUUAGUGGGAAGUGGACUCUACGGAGACUCUAGAAGCAGUAUAUGUCAAACUCUCUGGUGCCACCCCAUGGCGUUGUGUUUCACUUGUUCUAAUCUGGCCCCUACCCUUGACUUUAAGACUAUUAGAGUCCUCUAUAAGGUUUAUUUUGAUGAGGGCAUCAAAACGUUCUAGAAGGGGGAGGAUGUAGCCCGGUGGUAAACUUGGUUAUUGUAGUGUACUGAGAACCGGGUGGAUUAUUAUUAAUCUCUCUUAAUCUUAAAAACGAGUCAUAUGACUAUUAAAAAAGUAAACGUUUAUUUACUUUGAAAUAAAUAGUAGGAGACACCUGAUUUCUAAAUAAGGAAAUAUAAAUUAAUUUUACAUAAUUAAAAGGAGAUUGAUAUUUGGUAAUUUUAUUUCGUGACAGUGAAACUAAAGUUUAAAGUUUAUAUUAUUUAGCUAAAUAUUACAAAAGGUUGUAUGCAGUUAGCAUAUAUUACUUUAUUUUUACUGAUUUUAUGUGACAAAUUUUAUUGGUCAUUUGGGUAUUUACGCUGUAUUAGUCAAUAGUGUUUGGCUGCAGAUAUUCACGUGACCUAGAGAGAGACAUGUAAGAGGAAGAAAAAGUUGUUUGCCUCGCGGUCCUCGUGUGAGCACGAGACAUUGACACGAGGAGAAGAAGAAAGAUGAGAGGCUAGAAAGUGCUGUUAAAUUCGAUGAAACUGAGCGCGAGGUUUCAGAGAUGACCGCGGACUCGGGAUGUUUGUGAGCCGAGAGACUGAGUGAGAAACGAAGCCGGAGAAUCCGUCUGACGGAGCGUGUUCGGAGGGAGCCGAGUAUAGCUAGCCACGGUGGGUAAUGCUGGGCGGAGCUGUCGGUUAAUCGCACCGCACCUGAUCAGCCGGACUGAGGUAUUUCCACGCACUCAAUGUUUUACAAGUGUCCGUUCAGCGCACUCAAUGUUUCGCUAGACCAAAACAGGCCUGCAACAUAUUUUUCUUCUUUGUUCAAAACGUUACAGUGAGUAAACUGGACCGCGUGUGUGUGUGUGCGUGUGUGUGUGUGUGUGUGUGUGUGUGUGUGUGUGUGUGUGUGUGUGUGUGUGUGUGUGUGUGUGUGGGCCCAUCACUGCAUUUGCUAAGACUGGUUUCAGGACACUUGACGUUGUUUUUCUUGUUUAUUGUAAAGUUCUCUGUGUAUUCUCUAUUGUGAGGAAAGAGAUAAAGGAGGGGAACGUUUAGACCACUUAUAUGGGUGUAACAAGUGUGAUUGAAACUAUUGGUGUUUCUAUUUAAAUUUAAAGGGGCUAUUAUUUAAGUGUUUGAGGAAUCUUUUGGUUAUUUAUUUUUGUAUAUUUGUUAAUAUUGAGUUUUGGGGAAAAGCUUUUAUAUUUUAUUUGCCAAGUUUUGUUAUCCAA